UUCCCGAUCCCCCAAGAAGGAAAGCACGGCCCUGCGCGGGGAUAGCUAGUGCGCGCGGGGCACGGGACAAUGCAAGGCACCAGGUGCUACUGCAUGGAAGAACGAAACCGUCGCUGGGACACCUGGGGUGUGCGGGGCCGACCUGACAGAUGCAGGCCCAGAGACCGGUCUCAAUGCGAUGAAGUGCCACUACAGUCAUCGUGGCUGUUGGUGCAUGGCAGGCGACUCGGCCCUGCGCCGAGGCCACGCGGGCUGCACGUGCCAGAAGAUUGCGCAAGACAGCUCGAGCGCCCCUGAGGCGGCUGCAGCCGGAUGCAUCAGGUGCCGGUUGGGCCAGGACAUCCUGAAAAUCGCCGGUCCGAUCCAUAGAAAGUCACAACCGUAACCAGGUGGCAUGCUAGAGGGGCCCUGUCACACGCUGAAGCCCGCAGUCACAUGUGCACUUCAGCUAAGUCCACGACGAUCAAAGACUGCUAUUGUCGGUCUGGCUGCCCCGCCGUGUCGUUGCACGAUAGGAUACGAGACGCCCAUCCUGCCAGACGCAAACCUUAAACCCCCAAACCAGGCGAACACACACAGGUCCAAACAUAGGCACCUGUGCAACACGCGCGGGCCCGGCAAUUGAUAGUGCAAGAAUUGCAGGGCCAACGAAGACGGCUGUAAUGUAGUUGGCAUAGCAGAAAUAAUCUGUUAGGCCGAAUUCAACCAAUGUCAUGAGAGCUGAUACGAGGAUUAAUGACAUUGAGCCUGUCAUGAAAGAUGCACGAUCUGGCGGCGAGCGCGCCAAGACGAUAGUCCAGCACAUGCCUUCGAAGAGCACAAGCCAAAUCUCCCAAGCGAACAGCCCACCGCACUCAUCAGAUUCCACUUGUGUAGCUACGAUUGCACAAUAAGUAAAUCCCAAGGAAACGAUACUGAACCCCCAAAUACUGACGUCACCGAGAGGCCCGGCCAAUUCUUCGGAUUGGCGCAAUUGUGCUGUCACCAUACCCAUGCGCAUGAUGUCUCCAACCGUUUUUUCAACGAGCCUCUCUGUAAAGCUGGAUCCGAUUUCUUCCCAUAUGCGUACCCCAUCUGCCCAGACUGAGCAGCGGGCGUCACGGAGGUAGCCCGUAAACCCAUUAUGCAACUGCUGCGUUGUGACUGCUGCUGCUGAUGUCCACAAUCUAUCGGCCUCGAGCGCAACAGGCACGAGGAACAUCGCAACAAAGACAAGCCAAGCUGUCACAUGGUGGGGACUAGUCACGGCGUAUAGCGCACCGACUGCUCCAGUUGUGAUCGCAAGUAGUUUGGUGACAAUGCGAACCACGACAGAAUCUGGGCGCUUUCGCCAGAACGAAUAAAUAGAAAUCAAAACCAUACCCACUGUUUGGGGCAGAAGUUGAAGUGCAUCUACUAGGGAAACUGCCUUCUCGAAUCUCGACUUAGCCGCGAGGAUGCACCACGCACCUGCCCCUGAAAGAGAGAAGAAACCGAUUCUCGCAAGCUGGGGCCAGAAACUUGGCACUGGGGACCUUGCAGUGCUGAUGUCUUUGUUCCACGAGUAUGCCAGGAAGACCUCGUAGGCACACCAUAUUCGCGAGUAGAUACUACUCCUCCGAUUCGGGACCGCCAGCAUGUGCGUGGCGGACUUCAAGGCUUUGGCAAAAGGUGAGUUCGCGGGAUUAGAUAUGAGAGCGGAGAUGUCCUGAUUCUGUGGGUUGGAAAGCAUGCACAGGUACGCAUUAUUCGUCCCCUUUGGCCAAGAUCCCAAAACCUUGUCACACAAUUCGAAUACGCCCUCUUCCCAACUAUGCGUGAUGAACAGAUCACAAGGCAGACCUUCAGGAUGGCGCAUCAAAGCCCAACUCACAUUACCGGCUGCAUGCGUAAUGGGCUUUAUGAACUGGUCGUUCACAGUGUGGACAGAAGGGCCGAUCCUGUCGUCGCCUGCGUCGAAACCAUCGAGCCCGGUGGGAACAAUUCGACGCUCCUGAACAGCCUUCCACACCAGUCGCCGGAAUUGCUGCAGAUCGACCUUGGUCACGCACCACCGCUCCAUUGGCACCUCGCUGUGCAGGCGGGCACCAUCUCGCACCACGGGCGCUGAUUCAACGGCAUGGUCGUCAAAGCUCAUCCGUGCCAUCACCGACCUCCGGAGGCCUCGUCGGCACCAGACAAUCCGCACGGUUGCCACGACCCCUCCGCACAGGCCAGUGGCAAGACUCGAGAGGCCAAUGAUUGCCAGGAGCUGCAGAUUCUCCUGGGAGAACGAUCCACAUUCGAAGCCGUCCUGCGCAAAACAACAGGUGUAUUCAUAAAAAUACCCCAAACUGUUGGGAAUUCGUUGGAUGUCCACGGCACCGUAACCGUUCUCACAGAAGCAAGGCUCAAAGGGACUUUGUAUCAGACAAUACCCUGACGGCCCCUUAUCUCGUUUGAGGUCUCGGCAUGAAUCCCGCCAGCUUUGCUGGCACAUUGAUUCUUCUCCCAAGCGACGCUGUGACAAAAACGAUACUUGAUCCGAGGCUGCGUGGUCCGCAACUGCCCCAGACUGUCGUAGGUAGGCACCCUUUGAGUCUAUGUCCGUGUCACCAUCCACCACACUAGGAAAGGCCAGCAAAAGGCUGAGGCCUGCAAUAAGCACGUUCAGACGAAGACACGCCAUCGUCAGUUGUCACCGUGCGCAAGGACAGCUCAAGAUGCCCUUGAGCUAAAAUGGCCAGAUGGGGCCGAUGUGGGCUAUCUUGGGCCAAAACU